UCUGGGUGUCGUCCUGCCCCCUCUGCGUUGCUGGAAGAGAACCCUUUGCUGUCUGCUGUCGCCAUGGCCCUUCUCCGAGGUGUGUUCAUCGUUGCUGCUAAGCGAACACCCUUUGGAGCUUAUGGAGGUCUUCUGAAAGACUUCACAGCCACCGACUUGACUGAAUUUGCUGCCAGGGCUGCCUUGUCUGCAGGCAAAGUACCACCUGAGACUGUUGACAGUGUCAUUGUAGGCAAUGUCAUGCAGAUUUACAGUGGAUGUUCUUUCUCUUUCCCCUCGGCUCCAGAGUUCUUCGGAUGCUGCAUACUUGGCAAGGCAUGUUGGUUUGCGGGUGGGUGUCCCAAAAGAGACCCCAGCUCUCACUCUCAACAGGCUCUGUGGCUCCGGUUUCCAGUCUAUUGUGAGUGGAUGUCAGGAAAUUGGUGUUAAAGAUGCUGAAGUUGUCUUGUGUGGAGGAACUGAAAGCAUGAGCCAGGCUCCCUACUGUGCCAGAAAUGUGCGUUUUGGAACCAAGUUUGGAUCAGACCUCAAGCUGGAAGAUACUUUGUGGGCAGGAUUAACAGAUCAGCAUGUCCAACUCCCCAUGGGAAUUACUGCAGAGAAUCUUGCUUCAAAACAUAAGAUAAGCAGAGAAGACUGUGACAAGUAUGCCCUGCAGUCACAGCAGAGGUGGAAAGCUGCUAAUGAUGCUGGCUACUUUAAUAAUGAGAUGGUACCAAUUGAGGUGAAGACAAAGAAAGGAAAACAGACAAUGCAAGUAGAUGAGCAUGCUCGGCCCCAAACAACCCUGGAACAGUUAAGUAAACUCCCUGCAGUAUUCAAGAAAGAAGGAACCGUUACUGCGGGGAACGCAUCGGGGGUGUCUGAUGGUGCUGGAGCUGUUAUCAUAGCUAGUGAAGAUGCUGUUAAAAAACACAACUUCACACCCCUGGCGAGAAUUGUGGGCUAUUUUGUGUCUGGAUGUGAUCCCUCUAUCAUGGGUAUUGGUCCUGUCCCUGCUAUCAAUGGGGCACUAAAGAAAGCAGGACUGAGUCUUAAGGACAUGGAUUUGGUAGAGGUGAAUGAAGCUUUUGCUCCCCAGUACUUGGCUGUUGAGAAGACUUUACAGCUUGACCCAAGUAAAACCAAUGUGAAUGGAGGAGCCAUUGCUUUGGGUCACCCAUUGGGAGGAUCUGGAUCAAGAAUUACCGCACACCUGGUUCAUGAAUUAAGGCGCCGAGGUGGGAAGUACGCUGUUGGGUCGGCUUGCAUCGGAGGCGGCCAGGGCAUCGCGGUCAUCCUCGAGCGCACAGCCUGAGCCCGGGGACCCCACGGCCCGCGCCCCCUUCCCUCCGCAGGCCCCCGCGCACAGGUGACCCCGCGAGCGGCUGCACGACUGGCCACACCCUACCUGGCAGUGACUGAGUUUCACCAAAGGAUGGCAAGGCAAAGAUACGUUUUCCAUGAGUAAGAGCCCAUGCCAGAGUUAAGUUCUCAAACAUACACCAAAUAUGGUGUGUUUCUGAACUAAAAUCCAACUAGACAAGGCCUUAAAAGGAAUUGUAUCCUUGCCAAAUAAUCACCACUUAAGCCUUAGAUAAUGUAAUUGUAAGGAAAUUGAAUAAAUAUUGCCUUAAACUCA